CAGGGAUGCCCCAGUGCUUUAGAGUCUGUGUUUGCUCUGACAGUGCAGAGAACCAAGGAGCGAAUACACUGAUAUGAAGGAGCCAGGACAAACAGAACAAAUACAGAAACAAUCUCCGGACAUGUUCUGCAGAUGUUUUUCCUUCUUCGGUCUGUGUCUUUUCCUUCCAACUCAAAGGAGCUCUCUGGGCCACGGCUCCAGCCUGCACAGCAGGGGCACAGCAUCCCUCCCUGGAUUUGAGAACCUCACCAUGGGCUACAACAAAUACCUGAGGCCCUACUUUGGUGGAGAACCCGUACAAAUUGCAAUGAGUCUGGACAUUGCAAGUAUUUCUAGCAUAUCUGAGAGUGACAUGGAUUACAUAGCCACCAUCUCCCUGCGGCAGUACUGGACAGACCCUCACCUGGUCUUCCAUGGCAAUGAGAGCUUCACGCUGGAUGCUCGCCUGCUGGAGCUGCUCUGGGUGCCAGACACCUACAUCGUGGUGUCCAAAAGGUCCUUCCUGCACGACGUCACCGUGGGCAACCGCCUGCUCAGGCUGUUCUCCAACAGCACUGUCCUCUAUGCCUUGAGAAUCACCACUACUGUUGCCUGUAACAUGGACCUGUCAAAAUACCCCAUGGACACACAGACAUGCUGACUACAGCUAGAAAGCUGGGGCUACGACGAGAGCGAUGUCACCUUCUUGUGGCUGAGGGGGAACGACUCGGUGCAGGGCCUGGAGGGGCUGCAGCUGUCCCAGUACCGGCUGGAGCGCUACCACACCCUGGUGUCCCGCUCCAGGUAGGAGACAGGCAGUUACCCACGACUGAUAUUACAGUUUGAACUGAGAAGAAAUGUCCUUUACUUCAUUUUGGAGACCUACGUGCCCUCCACUCUGCUCGUCAUGUUGUCCUGGGUUUCUUUCUGGAUCACCCUGGACUCAGUGCCUGCCAGAACCUGCAUUGGAGUUACAACAGUGCCUUCUAUGACAACUCUGAUGAUCGGCUCCCGAAGUUCCCUUUCAAAAACCAGCUGUUUCAUUAAGGCCAUUGAUGUUUAUCUUGGCGUCUGCUUCAGCUUCAUCUUUGGUGCCUUUGUGGAAUAUGCAGUGGCUCACUACACCUCAUCACAGAAGUGUGCAGCUAAAGUGCCAGCAGAGGGGCCUGCAAAUGAACUGACUGAAGAAAUGGAAGAAGUUAACAUCACCAACAUCCUCAACAAUUCCAUCACCAGCUAUAAACAGAAAAUCAGCUUCACAAGCAUUGAGAUUUCCAGUGAUAAUGUUAACUGCAGUGACUUGACCAUGAAAAGUCAUGAGAAAAUCAAAUGUGUCUUGAGAAACAAAAUGCACAGGAUUAUUGGUUAUUUCACAAUUCAGAACCCUGGCAAUGUGGACCACUACUCUAAAUUGCUUUUCCCUUUGUUUUUCAUGGUGAUCAAUAUGUUUUAUUGGGCUUAUUAUCUAUAUUUUUAGUAGAAAUUAGUUGCUUCAUUCUACUUCAGCAGGAGAGGAAUUGUGCCAGUGGGCAUCCAGGUACCUAACCUCAGUGAAUUCAAUGUGGACAAAAAGCUUCCUUGUGUUUCCUGAGGUUCCCAGCAGAAGUGUGAGAGGUGUGCCUGCAUCAGCAGCAGUGGCUGACAGCAGCUCUGUAGCUCUGUGGCUGUGCUGGGCUCUUCUGCUCCUACCUACAUUUCAUCCCACACCUCACCUGGCUGGAGAUGGCUGUGCAGGACUGCACUGGCAGCUACAGAUCACCACAGGUGACAGAAUUAUUUUGGCAGCUUGGAGCAGGUUGGAACCUUCAAGCUGAGAUGUCCUAGAGGAUGUAUGGGAUCAUGACUGUUAUUCUUUGUUUGCCAGAGAGAACAGAGGGGCUGUGACUGCUGCCUCAAUAGCUGCUGUGUUGUAGUGAGAACCCUGGGGCAGCAGCAGGAGCUCGGAGCAGGGCAGCACAGGGGGAUUGCUCCCGUGCGUGGCACUGCUUUGUCCCGGGUGCUGCAGUGCCAGGACAGUGAUUCGGAACUGCAGUGGUGUCUCUCUGCUUUGAACAUCUGUCACCCACUGUGGAAACCCUCACCUGCUGAAGUUCUCCAGCCCUGAGACAGAUGGAGGGCUGCUGCUUGUAGAGCUGCAUUUUCUCAGAGAUCUGGGAAUAUGAAAUAGAGGCAGCAAAAUCAUUUUGUAACCCAUCUCUUGUACUCUUCCUGCUGUACUGCAGUUGAACAGAUUCUACCACUUUCCAUGUCCUCCUCACAAAUUAUUUUUUUGUCCUGGAGAGUGUUUCCUUCAGCCUUCACUGCUACAAGCAACUCUCACUCCUUGCCAGCCAUAGGCACAAGUGGCCUAUUUGUCAUCCCCUCCUUUAUGUGGCUGUGCAGCUGUGCUGUCAAGCUGUGCAAGUCAGCAGUGCUGCUGGGUGAAAAACAUGUGUGGGUUGGAGUAGACUAGUCUAAAUCACCCUUUCACUCUCUGUUUCAGGCUGAAACACUGUCAUUUUUUUUUAAAACAUCCUAUUCUACAUGAGCUCUGGAAACUGCCCAAAAUCAGCUUUGUUUGUUCUGCAAUCAGCAGGAAAUAGAGUUUUAUUUUAAAGAUAAAUGAAAUGUUACAUUACAGUUACAUUAAAGAACCAAAUGCCAUUUGGUGCUGUGUAGCUUGUAAAGGAGUGUUUUAUGGCAGAUUCCCCCACCCAGCACCCUGCUCUGGUCUGUGCUUUCACCACUGAGAGGGCACAGUGCUGCAGUUAGAUGGGCACAGCUGGAACUGCCUGCAGUGGCUCCAUUCAGCUCCGUUCAUCAGAAUUCUGGCUGGGUGAGGCCUCUCAGUUUGUAGAUUAUGUUACAGUCUCAGCACGCAGUGUUUGCUUAAGGAUCUCUUCUUGGGGGCUCCUAGAGAAGGUGAGCAGAGCACGUGAAACUAUAGAUUUUUUACUUUAAUAACUUUUUAUUGAACCACUUCACCAUGCUGUACUGAGAGGGAUCUAACCCACAUAUUCAUAAAUCAUUGCUUUUACUAAAAGCAGCACAAGAAGACAGAGGGGAACAGGCUGACCAUGGCAAGUGGAUAAACACAAACUCCAAUAAUGAAGUGUUGGCUUGUAUAUACUGGCAUUUGAAGUCCAUUCCAUUAAAUGUAAUAAAGUGAAUGUUUGUGAUAUGAA